AUCCGGAAUUAAGCUCAAAAGUUAGUCAUGUCAAAUGAUUUAAUCAAUUAACUAAUGAAAAUGUCCUAACUCAAAUUUAACUAAAACACGUAAAACGAGUUGGAAUCUCCGAAGGUUCCCUAUUCAUCAAAACCUCUUUUUUAUACAAAAAUAUAAUAAUUUACAUCUCAAUCACAAUAUUGAGAAACAAGUAUAUCCUUUUAUGAACGAUAAUAGAGAUUGUACUAGAAAAUAGGGAUUUACAAAAAGUAGAAUACUGAAAACAGAAUUAAAUCUUAAUCAGUUCAUAAAAUGUUAUUUUAUUCACAAUAUCCUGAACUUGCAUUGUUUGCGCAAGAGCUAUUGUACAUAUAUAUAUACGGCUGUAGAAUGUAUAUACGUAUACUUUACGUCAUUAGAGAAAAUAAAAAUAAAAACAGAAAGAAAAUACAUAAAUAGGUUUGGUCAAGUCAUCGAGGACUCGCAGACGACAAGACAGAGUAAAAUUAGGGUUUAACCUUUUCAGUCUCAACUCCUUUUAUUUCCUUUACUCUUCUUCUUCCUCUUUCUUCUUCCUUUCUUUAUCUACUUGACAUAGAUUUUCCAGUACUUAAAGUCGUAUCCACAUGUGUUUCUGUGUCUCUCUGCAACCAAAAAGAAAUAGUUAUAAUAAUUAAACUUUGUUCAAAUCAUAAAUAUACACUUACAAUAAGUUGUUCAUAUAAAGACAUAUAUUAUAAUCUCUAGCUAUAUAUAUAUUGAGAUCACUCCCGUCUUUAUCAAAUUCUUCUACUUCUCUUCCACUUUUAGUUCAGUCGAUCUGAUAUGACUCGGAUCAAUCUCUCGUACUGAAUUAUACCAAUCAUCUUCGCUUUCGAACACGGUAAUGAAGAAUACAUGUAACCUCAUUGAUUCAAAGCUCGAGGAACAUCAUUAUCUUUGCGGAUCAAAGCAUUGUCCUGGAUGUGGCCGCAUGAUUCAAGCCGCUACUAAACCAAAUUGGUUUGGACUGCCGGCGGGAGUGAAAUUUGAUCCGACGGACCAAGAGCUUGUUGAGCAUUUAGAAGCAAAAGCGAAGGGAAAAGAAGGAAAUAAGAAAUGGUUUCCGUCUCAUCCACUUAUAGAUGAGUUCAUCCCAACCAUUGACGGAGAAGAUGGGAUCUGUUACACUCACCCACAGAAGCUUCCAGGGGUAACAAAAGAUGGUUUAAGCAAACACUUCUUCCACAAACCAUCAAGAGCUUACACAACCGGAACAAGAAAACGACGCAAAAUCAUCCAAACGGAACAAGACUCCGAGUUAACCGGAUCGUCAUCCGAAACGAGAUGGCACAAAACCGGCAAAACAAGACCGGUUAUGAUAAACGGUCGACAAAGGGGAUGCAAGAAGAUAUUAGUACUUUACACAAACUUCGGCAAGAAUCGACGACCAGAAAAAACAAACUGGGUGAUGCAUCAAUAUCAUUUAGGGAUUAACGAAGAAGAAAGAGAAGGAGAGCUUGUGGUAUCCAAGAUCUUUUAUCAGACACAACCUAGACAAUGUGUUGGUAAUAUUAGUUGGUCGGAACAAAAUGUUAGUUCCAAGGGCUUGAUAGGAACUGGUGCCGGAGAUGAAAUAUGCGGCGUUGCUGCCGCCUUGCAGAGUCUUGGCUCCGGUGACGUUAUUUCUAGGGUUAAUACGAACCCCUUUAUAAGAGCCUUAGAUGAGGGGACAGCCGAAGCUUCGAAGGGAAGAGAAAACCGGCUUGUGUCCGGCACGUGCGAGGAAGUACAUGAUGGGAUCAUAAGAUCAUCGUCAUCAACUUCAUAUCAUAUGAUUCAUGAUCAUAAUCAGCAUCAUCAGACCGGAGAAAGAAGAGAAUUUCACAUACCAUCUUCGUCAUCAUAUCAUGAGUCAAUCUUCAACAUUACAAGUACUGUGCCAUUUCAGCAGCAACAAUUAAGGGGUCGAUCAUCUGGUUCGGGAUUAGAAGACUUAAUCAUGGGUUGCACAUCUACUUGCACAGAAGAGGAAAAUUCAGAAGCAAUUCCACAGCAAAAUGCAGACUGGUUAACGUUUCCACCAUCCUGGAACCAAACCGAGUCAGAUGGUCAAAACCGGAGAUUUUAACCGAACCAGAAGGAAGCAGAGAAGUCUUGCAAACAAUGGGCUUAGCUUUUGAUCAAUGCUUAGCUAUAUAUAGUAUCUGCCAUUAACUUACGGCAUCAGAGGUCUCUAGACUUUGUAUCUUUUUAAAUUCCUCAACAACCUAUACCACAAGUGACAAUCUUUCAGAAACAAUAGCCUAAACUUUGUAUUAAAAAACACACACAAGUAGAUCAUGUUUUUUUUGUUAGCUUCA